GACGACGCCGAGCGGAUCAUGGAGAAGAUCUGGCAACCCCGGUCGCGACUCCACAUCGCGAAGAUCUCCCGCCCCCUCCUCGCCCUCGAGGACUUCUACCACUUCCUCUUCUCCGACGAACUCAACCCUCCCAUUAGAUCCCAGGUUCACCAAGAUAUGACUGCACCUUUGUCGCACUACUACAUAUAUACAGGCCAUAACUCAUACUUGACUGGUAACCAGCUCAGUAGCGAUUGCAGUGAUGUUCCAAUCAUUAAAGCGCUACAAAGAGGUGUGAGAGUGAUUGAACUGGAUAUGUGGCCAAAUUCUACAAAAGAUGAUAUUGAUAUUCUUCACGGAAGGACAUUGACCUCUCCAGUUUCACUUAUUAAAUGUUUGAAGUCCAUUAAAGAAUACGCUUUCUGCGUGUCGCCCUAUCCGGUCAUCAUAACGCUGGAGGACCACCUUACUUCUGAUCUUCAGACCAAAGUAGCCAAGAUGGUGACAGAGACAUUUGGAGACAUGCUUUAUUACCCUGACUCAGAAUCUCUUGAAGAGUUUCCUUCACCAGAAGCUCUAAAGAACCGUGUUAUCCUUUCAACAAAACCACCAAAAGAGUAUCUUGAAGCUAAGAGUUUUAAGGAGAAGGAUGCUGAGCCUCACAAUGGAAAGGAACCAAAUGAAGAAGAUGCAUGGGGAAAGGAAGUUCCAGAUCUUCAGACUGAAAUUGAAUCUGCUGAUAAGCAGAAUGAGAAUGAACACUCUGUUUAUAAAACAGAAGUGGAAGAUUUUGGUGAUGACGAUGAUGACCAGAAAAUGCGCCAGAACGUGGCACCUGAGUAUAAGCUUCUUAUUACUAUCAAAGCUGGGAAGCCUAAGGGUCGCUUAAGUGAGUCGCUCAAAGUGGAGCUGGAUAAGGUUAGGCGCCUCAGUUUGAGUGAGCAAGAGCUAGCAAAGGUUGCAGCAUCACAUGGGGCUGAUAUUAUAAGGUUUACUCAGAAGAAUCUACUCAGAAUUUAUCCAAAGGGAACGCGAUUCAAUUCAUCAAACUAUAACCCCUAUAUCGGUUGGAUGCAUGGUGCUCAAAUGGUUGCAUUCAAUAUGCAGGGGUAUGGAAGAUCCUUAUGGUUAAUGCAUGGGUUUUACAAAGCCAAUGGGGGCUGCGGUUAUGUGAAAAAACCUGAUUUCCUAAUGGGGAAUGGUUCACAUGGUGAGGUUUUCGACCCGAAAGCAAAUUUACCUAUAAAGAAAACCUUGAAGGUCAAAGUUUACUUGGGAGACGGCUGGCGUAUGGACUUCAGUCAGACCCAUUUUGAUGCAUAUUCCCCUCCAGACUUCUAUACGAGGGUUGGGAUAGCCGGAGUGCCCGCGGACUGUGUUAUGAAGAAAACGAAGGCAAUAGAAGAUAACUGGACUCCCGUUUGGGACGAGGAGUUCACUUUCCCGUUAACCGUUCCUGAAAUAGCUCUCCUUCGAGUAGAAGUACACGAAUAUGAUAUGUCCGAGAAGGAUGACUUUGGCGGGCAGACCUGCUUGCCCGUUUCGGAAUUGAGACCCGGCAUCCGGGCCGUGCCCCUUUUCGACCGCAAGGGCAUGCAGUUCAAAUCGGUAAAGCUUCUCAUGCGGUUCGAAUUUGUCUGAUGUGUUGUAAUUGCGCCUUGAGUGGUUUGCUUUGUACCUUGGGUCUGAGUGUAUGUAAAGUUUUGGAUAGUCACUUUUUUAUGUUAUUAUGAAUGAAUAUAUUUUUAGACCAUUUCGUUUGGGAGCCGAA